UUACUUGUUUUAGUCAAAAGUAUACGCGUUCACCUCAGUCUCCACUUACAUUGAACCCUCUCUCUUCCAAGCAACAUCCUCCUCCACCUUACUUACCUCUUCGUAUAUAUGUAUACUCUCUCUUCACCCAAUUAGAUACAGAACACUACAACACAUAUUUCCAAAGAGAAGAGAAAAAUCAAUCUCCCUCUUCACUCCUCGCCUCCUGUAGAUCUUAAUAAUUCUUUUUAGUUUUCUUCUACAAGUGGAUUUUCGAAGAUGUUUAAGGAAGAUUUAAGCCCUAAUCCCAAACCGAUUGUGAUUCGGGAAGUUUGGGCGGAAAAUUUGGAAUCUGAAUUCGAGUUGAUCGGAGAACUCAUUGAUCAAUAUCCAUACAUCUCAAUGGAUACGGAGUUUCCCGGCGUAGUUUUUAGGCCGGCGGUCGAUUCUUAUCGACCUUACCAGGCCAGUAAAGCUCGACCGUCCGAUCACUACCGACUACUGAAAUCUAACGUGGAUGAGCUUAAUCUCAUCCAAGUCGGACUCACUCUCACUGAUGCUCAUGGUAACCUUCCGGAUCUCGGCGGAGACAGCCGCGUCAUCUGGGAGUUUAAUUUUAGCGACUUCGAUUUGGCGCGUGAUAAAUACGCUCCGGAUUCGAUCGAGCUGUUGCGGCGGCAGGGGAUUGACUUCGACCGGAACAGAUCGGAUGGGAUCGAAUCGGCCCGGUUCGCUGAGCUUAUGAUGUCUUCUGGUUUGGUCUGCAACGACGCCGUCAGCUGGGUCACUUUUCACAGCGCUUAUGAUUUUGGCUAUCUUAUAAAGAUUUUGACUAAUCAGAGCCUACCAGGACCGUUGGAUGAGUUCCUUAGGGUGGUGAGGGUAUUUUUUGGGAGCAGAGUUUACGACGUUAAACACAUGAUACGAUUCUGCAAUAGUUUGUACGGUGGGUUAGACCGGGUUGCCAAGACGCUUGAGGUGAACCGGGCGGUCGGGAAAUGCCAUCAGGCCGGUUCAGAUAGUCUGCUGACGUGGCACGCUUUCCAAAAAAUGAGAGACGUGUAUUUUGUCACAGAUGGAGCUGCCGAGAAACACGCCGGCGUGUUGUUUGGAUUGGAAGUGUACUAAUUUUGUAAUUAAUUAAAAAAAUCAUAAUAUUUAGAAAUUAAUUCAUUAUUUUAUUGAAUUGAAUAGUGUUUGUAAAUUGAACUGGCAAGGAACAGAAUUAAGAUUGCUUUCUGUCGUCAUAGUUGGGCACGCCUUCGUUGACCAAAACAUUUUCUCCGUAUCUACACAAAAAUGAGUAUUAAGAGGCGUUCGUUUUUA